AUGUUGGCUGUCAGAACGGCUACCCGCCUCACUGCCAGAGGCGCAACGCGAGCUAUCGUCGUAGCCGGCCAACGUCAAGGUGCGGUUCAAGCUGUUCGACGGAGGGACAACACCUCAGUUCGGGGUAUACAGUCUGUCGCUCAAACCGAUCGGGAUACCAUUACCCGUUUGCUAUACUCUAUUGGUACCAAGCGGGAGGUUGAACGCCACCUCCGCAUCUUCUCAUCAUCGUCACACCCUUCCCAGCCUGCCAAGUUUGCAGUAAUCAAGGUUGGAGGGGCUGUCCUUGCAGACUUGGACGAAUUAGCCCUUAGUUUGAGUUUCCUUUACCGAGUGGGGCUCUACCCGGUGGUACUCCAUGGUGCUGGACCCCAACUCAACGAUAUAAUGGAGCGGGAGGGUGUUGUUCCAGACUACAUCGAUGGCAUACGGGUUACUGAUGCCAAGACUCUUGAAAUCGCACGACGAGUAUUCUUGGAAGAGAAUUUGAAGAUUGUGUCUGCACUGGAAAAGCUCGGGACCCGUGCACGCCCCAUCACUUCGGGAGUCUUCACUGCUGAAUAUCUGGAUAAGGAUAAAUACAAACUUGUCGGAAAGAUCACGAAGGUUGACAAGAGGCCCAUAGAGGCUUCUAUCCGUGCUGGAGCUCUCCCUAUUCUCACCAGUCUAGCGGAGUCCGCUGAUGGUCAAAUUCUCAACGUCAAUGCUGACAUCGCUGCGGGCGAGUUAGCCAAGGAGCUUGAACCCAUGAAGAUUGUCUUUUUGAACGACAAGGGUGGCUUGUUCCAUGGCGUCACUGGGGAAAAACUGGAUGUCAUUAAUCUAGACGAGGAAUACGACACAUUGAUGAAGGAGCCUUGGGUCAAGUACGGAACCAAGCUUAAGCUUAGGGAGUUCAAAGAACUCCUUGAUCACCUUCCUCGCUCAUCCUCUGUCGCUGUUAUCUCAGCCUCGUCUCUCCAGAAGGAGUUGUUCACUGACAGUGGUGCUGGGACCCUCAUCCGACGAGGGUACAAACUCUUCAAACACGAUAAUAUUGAGAAGAUUGGUGCAGAUCGUUUCCGUCAGGUCGUUCACGACCGUGAUCCAGAAGUUCUUGCUGGAUUCCAGAGUGUCACUGGUGUUCUCAGCGAUCUGAAGAAGACUCCAUACAGCGUCUACGGAGAUGAGCCUUUGGAUGUUGUGGCCAUUGUCUCCCAUCCCGAGGGCGAAGUUCCUGUCAUGACCAAAAUGCUCUCGUCUCGAGGCGGGGUCUUAAACAAUGUCAUGGACAACGUUUUCACCGCUAUUAAAAAGGAUCAUCGCAAGCUCUUCUGGACUGCACCAGCUGACGAUGAAAACCGGGCGUGGCACUUCGAGCGCGCUGACGGAAGCUUUACCAGGGCAGGAAAGAGCCUGUUCUGGUAUGGGGUACAGGAUGUCGCGGAGGUCGAGAAAAUCAUCAAGGACUAUGAAGCCAAAGGAAGGAUUGAGCGAUCCUUCCUUCCAGUUGGGCCAUCAGCGCCUCCUCAUCGAUUAGUCACCACGCCAACGGGCACUCGCGCAUUCUCCACGAUGGCUAGACGCUCUUUGAGCAAUCUCCCCGGUUCAUCUCGAGGGUACGCUACUGCAGCUGCGCCGACUCCUUCAACGGAGCCCAAGCAGCUUGGCUUGAUUGGGGCUCGCGGGUUCACUGGGCAAGCUCUUACAACUCUCCUCUCCGCACAUCCCUACCUUCACCUCAGCCAUGUCUCCUCCAGGCAGCUCGCUGGAUACCCUCUUGAUGGAUAUACCAAGACCCCAGUUACUUACUCCAACCUCUCUCCUCAGGAUGUUGAGGGUCUCGAGAAGUCAGGUGAGGUUGAUGCUUGGGUGAUGGCGCUACCGAAUGGCGUUUGCAAGCCCUUUGUGGAUGCCAUUGACCGUGGCGCCAAGGAGCGCAAGACAGGGGAGGGUAGCGUCGUGGUUGAUCUCAGCGCAGAUUACAGGUUUGAGAAGGGGUGGACGUACGGUCUUCCGGAACUUUACGGCCGCGAUAUCAUUCGAAGUUCGAAGAGGAUCUCCAACCCCGGAUGCUACGCCACCUCAGCGCAACUGCUCAUUGCACCUCUCGUUGAUCACAUCAAACCCGGAACACUGCCUACCGUUUUUGGGCUAUCAGGAUACAGUGGCGCAGGGACCGUUAUGGCCAAUGACGCUGACGGUAGACCGAUAAGUGUCCCAAAAGUGACUCCGGAGAGCCUUGGAAGAGGCAUCAAGGCCUACUCGCUGACAGAUCAUAUUCACGAGCGGGAAGCUGGAUAUCACCUUUCUCAGCUUCUAAAGUCUACACCCGGGGGGAGUGCUUUCAAAAUUGCUUUUAUCCCUGCUGUGACACCAUGGUUCAGUGGCAUCCUUUCGACGGUCUCGAUACCGUUGAAAGGGAAGAUGACGGCGAAGGAGGUGGUUCAGUUGUUUGAGAAAAAGUACGCGGGCGAGGGAUUGAUUAAGAUUCAAAAGGCUGUGCCGGAGUUGAAGGAUGUGGAAUGUAAACAUUCUUGGACUGUUGGCGGGUUCCAGGUGCACAGUGAUGGCGAUAGGGUUGUCAUCGUGGGUGGUCUUGAUAACCUGUUGAAGGGAGCCGCAACCCAAUGUUUGCAGAAUUUGAAUCUAGCUUUAGGAUAUGAUGAGUUUGCUGGUAUUCCUUUGAAAUGA